CCUAUGUUUAUUAAAAUCACCCGUUGUAUUCUUUUACUAAGUUUAUUCCAUCUUGUUCAACCAAAAAAGACAGGAUUUGUACCAUACACCUAUGUUGUUGAAUUCGAAAAGACGCCUUCUGUAUUAUCUAAACGAGCCUUAUUUUAUGACCAACUCGAUCAUCACAACAUCAAUUACACUGUCCGGCAUGAAUAUCAAUUAAUUCAUGCUGUUUCGAUUGCAUUCAAAUCAGAACAAGAUACUGCUUUAUUUUUUGAAAAAGUACCUGGUAUUAAGAAAGCAUGGCCAGUGAACACGAUAACGAAACCUUCUUUUUUACAUGUACAAAAUGAUGCUGCUAUAUCAAGCAACUAUAUUACACCUCUGUUUGAUCAUUACAACAAUACAGGCGUAUCUAAAGUCAGAGACGAAUUAGGAAUGACAGGCAAAGGCAUUAAAGUAGGCAUUAUUGAUACGGGUGUGGACUAUAUGCACCCUGCUCUUGGUGGUUGCUUUGGUCCCAAUUGUCGCGUAGCCUAUGGCUAUGAUUUUGUAGGUGAUGCUUAUACUGGCGAGAAUCUACCUAUGCCUGAUCAAGAUCCUCGCGACAACUGUAAUGGACAUGGUACACAUGUGGCAGGCAUUAUUGGAGCCAAGGAUGCUCAUUUCACCGGCGUCGCACCUGAUGUUAUACUAGGUGCUUAUCGUAUUUUUGGGUGCUCUGGUAGCAGUGCAGACGAUGUGAUUAUGAAAGCCAUGGAAGCAGCUUAUUUAGACGGAAUGGAUAUUAUCAAUUUAUCUUUGGGCGAUAUAGGAUGGCCUGAAUCACCUUCUUCUUUGUUGGCUGAUGAACUAGCGCUAAGAGGCAUGGUAGUCUGUGCUGCAGCGGGUAAUGAAGGUGAAAAGGGCAUGUUUGAAGUGGGUGCGCCUUCUCUUGGAGAACAUGCUCUCUCUAUUGCAAGUGUUGACAAUGGGUUUGUUCUCUCUCAUACCUUUCAGUUGAACAAUAUGACCAUAGGCUAUACCACAGCAACCGGAAAGGUGUUUGAUAUCGGGGAAGCACAGAUUGUGCCUACUUCUACUUUUUUAGCAGCCAAUGAUGCUUGUAAUCCAUUGCAACUUGACUUGAAAGGCAAAGUAGCCCUUGUGAACCGUGGUGGAUGUAUGUUCUCUCGUAAAAUCAUGCAUGCAGCUAAUGCAGGUGCCGUUGGUGUGCUUAUUUAUAACAAUGCGCCUGGUCCUAUAACGCCUUCUGUUUCAGAGCAUGCAGCCACUAUUGAAUAUGGAGGUAUUUCUUACCAGGAUGGCAAUCUUCUCUUUCAGCAUAUAUCCCAAGACAAGGCCGUAUUUUCACCUCAAGAUGUGAGUUUUCCUGUACCAACAGCUGGGUUUAUCAGUGACUUUAGUUCAUGGGGACUUGGACCUGAUUUAAGCUUGAAGCCUGAUUUAAGUGCACCGGGAGGACAGAUGUAUUCCACUUAUCCCUUGGACUUGGGGAGUUAUGCUACACUCAGUGGUACAAGUAUGGCAAGUCCUUAUGUAGCAGGCAUUGUGGCUCUGCUUCAAGAGUCCAGAGGUGGGAAUCGAGCCAUUAGUGCACAAGAAGUACGCACCAUGUUACUUAACAAUGGCCAUCCCUUUGGUUUAUUUGAUCAUAAGCAACAUUUGGAUUCUGUAGCACGACAGGGUGCAGGCUUAGUAGAUGUCUAUCGUGCAAUAACGACAGAUACGUUUAUUACACCUGAGCAAAUCCGUUUAAAUGAUAUAGACCAUGGUGCUGCCAAUCAUGAAUACACACUCACGAUUAAGAACAAUGGACGUAUGGCUACUGAGUACACGAUUGGCCAUGUUGUGGCUUCUUCCGCUCAAGCCUAUCAGUCCCUUGCCAACACGCUAUUGCCCCUGAGUAAACCUGCUAUGCUAACCAAUGGAUCUGAAGCUCAAGUCCAAGCACCUGCUACUGUUCUUGUCCAAGCCAAUGAACAAAAGAACAUCACUGUUCGUAUUACGCCACCCACCCAGGCACUUCCUCCUUCCAUCUAUUCAGGCUAUAUCACGGUGACCAAGACACACAACCCUAGCGAUAUCAAAUAUGUGCCUUAUGCUGGAAUGACGAGUAAAUUAUCUCAAUUGCCUGUUUUACUGGUCAAUAACACCAUGCCCCGCAUGAUCAAUGAAAAGGUCAAUGUUUUCUCUCCUGCUUUACUUUCCUUUCAAUUGAUAGAAUCGACACCUUUGUUGACGAUUGCUGCUGUCAAUGCUUCGAAUCCUUCUCAAAACUUUGGUUUAAUUCCAGGAGGUUAUACACGCUAUUUAGGAAGAAACAGCAUCCAGGAUCCUAAUGAUGUUCUGUUACUUAGCUGGUAUGGCAAUGUAGCCAAUUCACCUGAACAAGCUUCUUUAGGUCCACUCAGUCGUCAUCAAAGUACAACUACCUUUGUGACUCAAGACAGAGGUAUUUCUCAGACAGGUAUGAUGGGAAAUCAGCUAGCAGCUCUAGGAAUCAAACUACCUCAGGGUUCUUAUCAACUUAAAGUCAUGGCACUUCGUCCUUUUGGCCGUGAUGAUGAUGAAGAAGAUUAUGAUAUAUGGUACUCACCCAACAUUCAAAUAAAUUAAAACUCCGAAAGGAAAUUUUUUAGUCA